AUUUCAUGGAAGAAUAUCAAGGGAAGAAGCAGAGCUAUUGCUUCAAGGAGGGGAUGGUUCUUACCUUGUACGAGAAAGCCAAAGAGCACCAGGCCAGUAUACGUUAGGUCUUAGGUUUGGAGGAAUGACUAAGAACUACCGCCUGUAUUAUGACUAGAUAUUAGCUUGAAGGUUUCUUUCGACUAGGUUUGGAGGAAUGACUAAGAACUACCGCCUGUAUUAUGAGUAGAUAUUAGCUUGAAGGUUUUUUUUCGACUAGGUUUGGAGGAAUGACUAAGAACUACCGCCUGUAUUAUGAGUAGAUAUUAGCUUGAAGGUUUCUUUCGACUAGGUUUGGAGGAAUGACUAAGAACUACCGCCUGUAUUAUGAGUAGAUAUUAGCUUGAAGGUUUCUUUCGACUAGGUUUGGAGGAAUGACUAAGAACUACCGCCUGUAUUAUGAUGGAAAGCACUACGUAGGAGAGAAGAAGUUUGACACAGUACAGGAUCUGGUCACCGAUGGUUUGAUCACUCUGUACCUGGAAGCCAAUGCAGGAGAAUACAUUGCAAAGAUGUGUGUUCAGUCAAGAUAUGAGCAGAGUCCCUAUAUGACGCUGAACUCGUACAAGAGGAAGCUACAGAACAUGAGAGUUGUAAAGAGAAGAAGUAUAUCAAGCCAAGGGAGUAAAAGCAACAGCCUUAAGUCAGCAAAUGAAUAUGAUAGAUCUGAAGAUGGGAGUAUUAAUGAUGGAGGGGGUCCUAUUAUGGCUGGCCUUAAUGUUCAUCGUUUUGAAAAGCCACAUAACUUUAAGACUCACAACUUUAAAGGAUUUCCAUGGUGUGAUUUAUGUGGUAACUUCAUGUGGGGUAUUAUUGCACAAGGUUUGAAGUGUGAAGAUUGUGGUUUUAGUGCUCAUCGAAAGUGUUCGGAAAACAUUCCAAAUGACUGCCUUCCAGACCUGAAGUAUGUGAAGCGUGUGUUUGGCAUAGAUCUAACAACAUUAGUGAAGGCCCACAAUACACCAAGACCAUUUGUAGUUGAUUUGUGUGUUAAAGAAAUUGAAAGCAGAGGGUUAGAUGCAGAAGGCUUAUACAGAGUCUCCGGGUUCAGUGAUGAAAUAGAAGCAGUUCGGAUGGCCUUUGAAAAGGAUGGAGAAAAUGCAGAUCUUAGCAGUACAGCAUGUGAAGAUGUUCACGUAAUCACAGGGGUGUUGAAGCUCUUCUUCCGACUGCUGCCGAUACCCCUUAUCACUUACGACACUUAUCCUCUCUUCAUGAAUGCUGUUAGAAAGUCAACGAUGGAAGAAAAGUUGGAUAGCAUAAAAGAGGCUGUUGCUAAGUUACCACCAGCACAUUAUCAAACCUUGAAGUACCUUAUUCAACACCUGUACAGAGUCACAGAAAAACAAAAACAGAACCUUAUGAGUAUUCAGAACUUGGGCACAGUGUUCUGUCCGACACUGAUGAGGACCCCUGACCUCAUUUCUCAACCUGGACAACUCUCGGCUUGGCAUCAGGAAAGUUUAGUCAUAGAACUUCUCAUUACUCAUCACAGACUCUUAUUAGACCACUGAUAACAACAGAAUUGUGUAAAAUGUCUUACACAUUUACCUUGAUAAGCAGAAAUGAUGUAAGAUAUCUAUAUAUUUAUGUAUGUAUUAUGUAAUGAACAUCACUUUUGAAGAAGAGGACGAAACUCUUUUAAUAUUUAUAAGGACUCGGAGCAUGUGGUACCAAUGGACAGGAACAGCUGUCCUCAUUACCCAAGUAUUAUAUUUAGUAAAUGUGAUUACUUGACCAAGCUUCUUUUGAUGAGUAUCUUAGUGCAAAAUGCCCAAAUUUUUGGGAGAAAUUUUAUAGAUUGAUUUGUAUAAUAAGUCUAAUUUUGCAAAGGCUUUCUGAAGGCCGUUUCAAAGAGUUGCCAUUUCUGUAUACGUCAUAAAAUGACUCCAUAAAAAGCAAGUGUCUUUCAGCUUUGUCAGGUUAGUCAUUGUGAAGAUACAUUUUUCUGAUUGUUAAGUUUUUGUUCGUUUAGUUGUAGCUUUUUUCUGUGUAAAAUAAGAUGUACAUUUAUUAAUUUUUCUGGAAGAAACUUGUUACAACUAGAAGAAAUAUUUAUAUUACAUCUUUUGUUACUGUUAUGAAAUGACAUCAACAAAUUCAAUUUAAGAUUUUGUGCAUUGACUUGUAACUUUUAUGUUAUGAGAGACUAAGGUUAUAUGUCUUAUGUGAUUAAAAUAUUGUGGUUAUAG